GAGACGCGAACUGAAAAACAGUGGAACGACUAAUGUGUGAAUUGAUGCGUCGUUUUUUUGCAGCAAAAGUCAAAACACAUAUAUUUGACGAAGAAGAUUGAAAUUGUUGAUUUUCAAGUCCAAACAUUUCCACGAAUUUUUGUGUAACACCAACAUGAAGAACAUUCUAUAUUUGGGUCUUAAACCAAACUCGAAGAUUCACACAAUUUUUGGGUUUUGUUUUGGUUUGCUAUUCCGUGAAAAUCUCAAACGGAGAAUGCAUACAAGGUGUUCGACAGAAUUCCCCAGUGCUCAAAAUUGUUUUUUUUUUUUCCUUUUAUAACCUUUUCACGUGGCUCUCACGUGAUAAAAGCCAGUUGCUGUUAUUUCCUAUACUCUUGACAAAUUUCUCUCUGAAGCAAAAGAAACCUUGGAGAACAAGAAAGCGCAAGAAACUUGAGAAUCGUUGCUAUGAGUUCUUCUUUCCUGGAAGAUGUUGAGUUCAUAAAGCUCAUCAUAAAAUCUAGAGAAGCAUGCGCUAAAGAAAAUUACAUCAAGGCCUUGGAGAUAACUGAAGAUUUGAUUUUUGUCCACAAGGAAGACAAGGACUCAUGGUUUCUUCAUAUCCUAGAAGGUCAAAUGUUCUUGAAACUAGAGGGCAACACAGAGAACCCGGACGUGGGUUUCGCGUACUUGUUGGCUUCUGUAGAAUGCUUUUCUCAAGAUGUGAUGUUAUCACGACCUUGUGCAAUGGGAUUCUACAAUUUGGCCAAACAGCUUGGGUCAGUAUCGUAUUACAAGAAAUGCGUGGAGAAAUCAAAACAAGCAUUAGCAGUUACUUACCCAGAAAACACGAGUCCUGUUGCUCGAUCGAUGUUGCAAGAGCUGAAAAAAGAUUUGGAGAAAGAAUUCAAGACUUUAAUCAGAGAUGCAGAGCGCAAGAUCGCUGGAGCCAAGACUUCUCCUUUAAGCUCGGAGCCUAAAGUUUGGGAGCCAAAAAAAGUAGACCUGGUUAAGAACGAGAUUCAGGAAUUGAGGAAGUAUUGGAUGGGAUUGGAUAUUAAGAUCAAAAGGGACUUUAUGAAAGUAAGCAUUGCAAAGCUUAAAAGUUUUGUUGAGGGAGUAUAUUACAGAGAGGGACGAGAUGUUUUGGAGAAAGUUCUCACUUCUGCCAGGGAAGAUAGAAAAUGGACAUUCUGGAUGUGUGAGACUAAAUGUUUGAAGAAGUUUUCUAGUGCCGAAGAAUGUAAGAAUCAUCUUGAACAACAACAUGCUGCAGAUUUUAAAAAUGCUUCGAAAAAGGAUUUGGUCCAGAGGAUAGGAAAGGACUGGGCUCGUAAGAUAUCAGUUGGAGCUUGGGAACCAGUGGAUGCAGUAGCUGCCGUUGAAAUGAUCAAGAAUCGGCUCGCAGAUGUGAAAUCGUUUGCACCUAAGAAUGGAUGGUCCAAAGAAUGGCCUUUAGCUGCGGAUGAAGAUCGCAGUAUGUUACUCAAGGAAAUCAAAUUGCUCCUUGUGUCAUAUUGUGACCAUAAAAUUCUCCCUUCUAGUAUUCGAGAGUGGCUGAUGCGUUUUCCGGUUCAAUAUCUUGGAAAACUUGAAGUUUCCGGACAGAGUCUUAUCGAUUCUCACCUAGUGGAAACACCUCAGAGUAUCUGUUUUCUGGAAAGUCAUGAACUCAAUCAAAUCCUAGACUUUCUAAAAACCAUCAAUUGUAAAAGGAUUGAUGGUACAGAUCUAAUUUGCAGAGCAGUGGACAGUUUUUUGGAUCAUACUCGAGUCAAAGAAAAGAUCGACUUUGACCCUCAGUUUUCAUUUCUGCUUCUGGAUAGAAGACUUCUAAAAUGCAAAGAUGUUCCAUUCGAUGAUGAAGGGAUAAUCAAUGUUUUUGAUCCCAAUGUUCACUACGCCAAGGCACCAGCUCAGGGAGAUGAUAUCAUAUCCUGGUUAACUGACUACAAUUCAGUAGAUAAGAUCUUUGCCAGACCUAUCAGGGAACACAAUUUUGGUAUCUGGGUGGCUGUUCUGAAAGCUGUUCAGUUCACAUUUAGGUCUUUGGGAACCAAAUAUGCAAAGAAAUUUCUGGUCUUAGAUUAUGAUGCAGCUCUUACUGUCGUUGAGAACUUGUGUAUGAGUGAAGGAAGGAGAAAGAAUCUUCAGGAAGAUCAGUGGAAUAGAUAUGCAUCUCUUCUAUGUGAUAGCUGUGAAGAGAGAGUCUCCGAAAAUUCACUCACUACCAAUUUUUUCUUGUGGGCAGUACGAGAUGUUCUCGAAGGAGCAUCGCAUCCGACAUUUGAUUUCCCCAAUUUGGAAGAUUGCAUGAAUCUUAUAUGAUAGUGUAAAAGUCUCAGUGAUGAUAUAGCGUUGAAGUCCAUACACCAUCUGAAAUCAGUGGUCACCCACAAGGUUCUACUACUCGAUUCAAAGAUUUUGCUGAUUGACAAUUCAAGGAUUACUUUGCUAAACAACCUCACCAGGCUUUCUGCUUUUGACAACCGCACUUAUAUCCUUCGACUGCUGAAACCGUUCUUGCUGAGUGAAAUUGUGAAUAUGGAAUCCAAAGCCAAGUCAGAUGCAGCAGAAGCUUAUCUUUUACUCGAGGAGGAGAAGACGUCACGGUCAAAAAAGAAGAAAUAUAAAAGCAAUAAGAGAAAUUCAACGAGCAUGUCUAGUCCCCUUGAUAAGACUGUUGACCAUGAACCUUCUGUCAAUCUUGAACCGAGAGCUUCAUCUCCAUCACUAAAAAUUGUGAAAGAAGAUUCGAUGGAACUAGAAGGUGCUCUUUCAAGCGAGAGGGGUCGAUUAGAAAUUUCAUCCAACAGUGGAAUUCAAGAUGAAGCUACUAAAGAUGAUCCUGAUAUGCGAAACAUACCUGGAGAAGAUUUACUGUCAGAACAUUUGGAGUCAGCACCUGGAGAAGUUGCAGCCAGAUACAAUUCAGCUCUUGACAUGACGUUGAAGGCCCUCCUGAACAUUAAGAUUCUCAAAGAAGAUUUGAUGCACAAUAUGCAACUAUUUCAAAACCACUUGGAAGAACAAGUUCCUUCUGCGCUACAAAAUUUAUUUACUGCUUUUGUGUCAGAGGUCAUUAAAAAUGAGGGAGUCUAUAGUUGUCUCUUGAGCGACUUACUUGUUUCCGUAGAAGAAAUGUUUUCCAUGGUUUAUGUGGAGAAGUUGAGUGAUGCUGAUGCUGCUGAGGUAGUUGUAGCCAUUUUUGAGUUUUGGCAUUGCUGGAAAUAUCGAGAAAGAGAAAGUUUGGUAACUCGCCUUUUCACCUUGGAGGAAAAUGAAAGAAUGAGUUGUAUAAAAUGCAGAAGUAAGCCAAAUUAUCCAGAGCAACGUUCUCAAGGCAUUGUUGUAGCUGCACAUUCAAUCAGAGACCUGAAGUGUACUUUCGGAAAUAUAAAGUUUGUGGAUAUCCUAAAGGUGACCCGCAUGGAAUGUAAAAUGUUAUGUGACAUUAAAUCAGGAGGCUGUGGAAUGAAAAAUAUUGUUCAUCAUAUUAUAAGUCGAUGCCCGCCUAUAUUCACAAUCGUGUUAGAAUGGGAGAAAAAUGAAACUGAAAAAGAAGUAUCUGAAACAACAAAGGCUUUGGAAUGGGAGAUAGAUAUCAGCAGAAUGUACGACGGCUUAGAGCCUAACACUAACUACCGACUUGUGUCAGUGGUUGGUUGCAGUGAAGUAGAAGAAGAACACAUUUGCAUAGCUUAUGAAAAGAACAGAUGGGUUAAUCUCAGACGUGAGUCUUUAGUAGGAGAGGAUAUUGGUAACUGGAAGAGUGUGGUCAGGUUCUGUGGAGAAAGAAAGGUUCGACCAGAGAUUCUGUUUUAUGAAGCUGCGGGAUCGAUGGCCAUCAAUAUAGAGAAACCUAGCAAUGUAGUAUAAAACAGUGACAUGUUCCAAUUCAAUAUAAGUUGUGUUCUCUCUUC